AUGUAUCUUACGAGAAUGUUUACUAAUAUUACUUCAAUAAUAAGUCAUUAUAUAGAAUCAGUGAAUCGGACACUUGUUACCAAUGAUUUAAAUGGCGCUAUCAUAUUUAUAAUUGUUGUUCUUGUAUGGUAUUCAUCGAGUAUUGUAUUUCUAUUGGGAAUGCAAAUGAAAACAUCGAAAGAAACUUCUGAUGAAUUAACGAAUCGUUCGACGAAAUUAUUUGAGCAUAGUUUUCGUGAUCUUACGAAUAAUAAAGAAAUUUUAGAACAACUUGCUAAUAAAGAAAAACGAGAUAAAUUAUGGGAUAUUUAUUUGGGUACAUCUGGAGAUGUGCAUGAUAGAAUAAUCCGAGCUGACACAGCGCGGAUUCGUAAUAUUGAAAAACAAUUGGCGACGUUCGAUGAAUCUUGUAGAGAUGAUUUUAUUUAUUUCCCUCGGCGGAACCUCGAAGAAUGGUCAUCAGAUACAAGUUUAACUAGAUUAAAUUCACGUCGGCGUCCUCGACGUCGAUCAUCAUUAGAUUACCAAAUUCUUGACGAAUGGAAAAUACUUUCUGAUGAAUUAAAAACCCAUGAAAACUGGCCAUGGGCUAUACGAAAGUUAAUAAUUCGUCGAAAUUUACGCCGACACCAACAUACAUCAGAAUGUGGAUCAGCACCUUGA